AUAACAAUUAAUUAAAUUUUUAAUUAUUUAAUAAGGAAAGCAACCUAUUAAUUAAACUCGAAUAAAAUAUUGAUAUCAUGGAUGUAUUAUUCAUGGAACCGACGGUUCAUUUGGAUCACUGUCUCAAUGACACCGACACUACUUGUAGUACUUGUGACUUGUGAUGACAUUUAUGAAAAUAUGGAAAUGUGUCACUCCGUGAGCCAUAUGUACCCAACAAUUGAAUGAGAGGUUGCCCUGUAUUUGGAGUUCCUUUCACUGGAUGUUUCAGUGCAUUGAAUUGGGAGUCAAUACUACAUAAGCGCACAUCACAUCCCAAUACACGUCUCGCACACAGUUUUAUUGGUGGGCAAUAGUAUCGCGACAAUUGAUAUGAGACUCAUAUCCCGGAACCGUUAUCGCAAAAUUGGUGUCGGAGUCGUGUUCACCAUAUUCUUGGUGUUCGUGUUGAGCCAAAGCCAACAGUCGGCCAAAAGUCUUCUUAAACAGCCAUUAAGUGCGAGUAAACCGACCGAUAAGGCCUGGGAGUGGAGUCCAGAAAAGUUGAAUGAAUUCAUGCAUUUACUCGACAAACACAAACAACAGCCCAUUCAUAACACGUCCGUCCAAUUAAUUGGAUCCACUAUUAACGCCACAAACCAAGACAACAAAUUACAUUUUCCAGCUCUUAGUAAAUAUUUAACUUAUAUUAGCGACGAGGAGUCGGCGCUCAUACCCGGCUAUGUCCUGUCCCGGCGGCCCAUCAAUAAGCCAGCAUCGAUAGUGAUAGGAGUGCCUCACAUACGAAGGUCUAAGGAGUCAUACCUUAAGCUGACGCUUCAUUUUCUCAUUAAAAACAUUAAGCCGUCGGACCUGAACGACACGCUUAUCAUCGUAUUUAUCGCCGAAACUGAUAUGAAUUACGUGAUGAAUACCACUCAUAUGAUUGUCCGCCACUUCGACGACUACAUCUCGUCCGGUGUGCUAACAGUGAUGAGUCCGCCCCUCAGUUAUUACCCGGACUUUGACAAACUCUACACCAAACAGACAUUAGGCGAUCCCCUUAAACGAGUC